AUGAACUACAUGGAGUUGAGACCUAAAGCUAGCAUGGUUGAGGCCGAAAGCGGGCCUCAGAAGUUACAGGUAUCCAAGGAAUGGAUGCUUCCUCCAAAGACGAGGCCGGGAAGAAGACCAAAGCUAGUGACAAAACGGGAACAGGAAGAGAUGUCCACAGGCGAGGCUUGCGAAGUAAUCAAGAAGAAGAAGAAUAGAGAGGCUCAGCGUGCUUAUCGAGAGAGAAGAGCUAGUCAGUUUCAAGAACUACAAGAUUUAGUGGAUAAGUGGAAAAAGAGAUGCCAGGAGUUAAAACUGGAACUUAAGAAGAGUGAAGAAAGGGCCAACCAAUUUGAACAACAGAACGCUGAGCUAACUGCCAAACUGAAAAAGUAUGAGACUGUGGAUAAAACAUCUAAGUGUGGAAUGUGCGUCAAAGACAUGUGCAUUUGUGAAGAGAUGGGUUUUAACUCAUCGUCGACGUCGCUUUUGGAUCCAGCGCUGCAGCAAAGGAUAGAUAACUUCAAGCCCAUGGAUGCAGUCUCAUUGAAACCUAAACCUAAGAAGCGCAAGUUGGCAACAACUGGCCUACCGGUGUUUAAAAGGGUUGAACAGUUGCCAGUUUCAUUGGAACCUUCGCCAGGUGUAGUUAAUGAGGCGCUGCGCUAUCAAGUAGGCAGCCAAGGUUGUGGAUUCUGUUCUGACAGUUCGACCUGUGUUUGUAAGGAACUUGACACACAGGUCCUCGCCGGCUCUUCUGCGAGGGAGCAGCCCAAUAAUGCCGACUCUUGCAAUACACAACCGGGUUCUUGUGAGCAGUGCCAGCGCGAUCCUCAUCGCAAGCAGUUUUGUCAGAGUGUAAACGAAAUUGGCUCACUGAAAAGCGAUUACUACAGUGGUGAACUUAUACCGAUCAAUGAUGCGUAUCAAAGGAUACGCAAGCACAUGGAGAAUAAUGCUAUGUUGAAGGACAACCACCUGCUCAACAGUGAAGCACCGACACCAUCGCAUUUCAGUAUAGUCAGUCAACUCAACAUACGGGGCGGUCAAGUGGAACUGAAAAGCGUAAUCGAUGUUUUAAGGCAAAUGGAUAGGAAUCUUUUCACCUAA